AGCCAAAUUAACCUUUAUGUUGAUUCUUAUGUUAUCUCUCUUUAUUAGUAUGUGCAAGUGUGUGUGUGUGUAAGAAUGGAUGAGUGACACUAUGGCCGUAGGUGUUUUACCCCCAUCUAGAGGACACCUGAACUUUACCUGAGAGGCUGAAGGUGGAGCCCAAGGGGGAAAGGCCUUAAAAUCCAGCAGCCAGAGCAUCUGGGCGUGGCUGAGGAAGGCAACAGUUUUUUGACCGUGUGCCAGGACGUUUGCAAAGGAACCAUGUGCCUUAAGAAAGACUCUUUAGUUUAAUAUCUUUUAUUUUAUUUCCAACAACUUGUUAUCCACCAUUCUACAAUAAACGGUCAAAGGGACCAACUGGACUCACCUCUACUUCUCAUCUUUCCUACACGCGUCAGAACCAAAUCCAUCUCAGCCACCCGUGGUAGGCAAUUAGAAAUUGCUGCUACAAUUAGUCAAAAAACUACCUUGGAUGGAUGUACUUUGAAGAAAGCAGCAUUGGAUACUGGAACAAAGGGAGUGUGAAUUCAAGGGCAUGUGCCACUCUGGAGUGGAAGGUUGAAUCCAAGUGAAUCCGCAGCAAUCGGUAUGUUUACGAAAAAACUUUGAAAGGAAUCUUGUUUAUUGUUUUAAGAAGAAUCACUUUUGUGGAUUAUUGAGUUAUAUUUUUGAAGAAAAAGGACUUUUAAGUUUGUCAAGUUGAGAAAAGAGGUUCAGUUUCCAAUAUGGCGGACCAUGCGGUUACUUCUGUUGACUCUGAAAAGCAAAAAGAAAUGUUUGAGUUAGAAAAUAAGAAGAAAGAAGCAAAACAAGUUAGAAAGAAUAAAUUGGCUGCUUUGACUCGCAAAAUGAAUAAGAUGAGGGAACUCAUGUCUGAUCCAGCAAACCUGGAGCAAGUAAAGGAGAACCUACAGAAAUAUACAGAGGUGUUGGAGGAGUUUGAUGAAUUGCACAAACAAUAUCAAGAGCUUCUGUCAAAGGAUGAAUGUGUUACAGACACAGGACAGUGGUAUGAACCGAAGAGGAUUGUUAUUGAGGAGUUUAGGAAAGGGGCUGAUAAAUGGAUUAAAUCUUGUCCUGUAGUUGCACCACCAGCAGAGAAAGAAGAUGAAAUUAGUCCCAAGGACAGCAUCUCUUCAGUUAGUAGGGGAUCUAAAAGUUCAAGAUCAAGUUCAUCCUCAGCUCGUCUGGUAGCACAGGCUGAGAGGGCAGCACUUUUAGCCAAGGCUGCUACUAUGAAAGAAAGGCAUGCUUUAGAAGAAAAAGAACAACUUUUAUCCAAGGAAAGAGAAGAAAUUAGAAGGCAAAUGGAGACUUUGAAUUUUGAGGCUGAAUUGUCUGCUACAAAUGCCAAGCUUGCAGUGUAUGCUGGUGCUGAGGAGCAAGUGGCUUCUACCCCAGCUGAUGGCAUGAACGCGUACUUCGAGGAAAGGAACCUGGAACUCGCCAACAUGGACACACUGCAACAAGUGGCUCUCACAACCAACAUGCUUGAAGAAAGGAUUGUUCGACCAAAGGAUAGAGCGAAACACGUACCUUUGUUUCAAGCAAGCAGCAGACAAGGUGAACUGGGUGACCAUAUAGGACAUUGGUUACUCCAGGAAACCCCAGAGGCCGUAGGUCCAGCUCAAAGGUCACAGUCUGCAUUGAAUAUGCAGGCAGAUCGUGCAACUCGAGGUAAUGCUAUUUUGAAACCUAUUAGGGAGAAAGCCAUUGAUCACUCUGACAAAGUUGAGCUCAGUACAGAAUACAGACCGCUGGUUGAUGAUCUUGUAAUCUCCCAGGCAGAUCCUAUGCUGCCUGAACAAGAGCAGGUCAGGUCGUUACAGGACAAUGUAGCUCCCAGUAGUCUAAUUGCGAUCUUGAAUAGACAAAACGAAAUCACGUCUAUGCUUCUUAGACAGCAGCAAUUAUCUACAUUGCCACCUAAAAGGGUUACUGUCUUUGAUGGAGAUAUCUUAGAGUUUAGGUCAUUUAUGAACUCCUUUGAACAUAACAUUGAGAGUAAAACAGACAAUGGACAAGACAGAUUGUUUUAUCUUGAACAAUAUACAAAGGGCCAAGCUAGGGAUCUAGUAAAAAGCUGUCAGCAUAUGGAUGGAGAUCAGGGUUAUCUCAGAGCUAAGCGCUUAUUGCAUGAACAUUUCGGCAAUGAGUAUAACAUUUCCACCGCUUACAUUGAGAAAGCUCUUAGUUGGCCUAUCCUGAAGCCUGAAGACCCAAAGGCCUUGAAUGAGUAUGCUCUGUUUCUGAAAGGAUGCUGUAAUGCCAUGACAAAGCUGGAUUACAUGGAGGAACUGAAUGUUGCCUCUACCUUGAAAGCCUUAGUCAUGAAAUUACCCUUCAAGUUUAGGGAUAAGUGGAGGACUAAAGCUCAGGAGAAACUGGAUGGCAACAGCAAGAUUACAUUUGCAGAUCUUGUACAGUUCAUUGAGAAACAGGCAAAGAUAUGUUCCAACCCAGUAUUUGGAGAUAUCCAAGAGUCAGUUGCAAGUAAGAGUAAAAGGCCCGAGGUAAGCAAGCCCAUGUUUAGGCCCAAUGUUAGUUAUGCAGCUAAUGUGGCAGCAGUAACCACUCCAGUGACUUCAAAUAUGGACAGUGAUGUCAAAUCCCCAUGCCUCUGCUGUGAUGGUGCUCACAGUCUAGAGCACUGCUCUGACUUCAAGAAGAAAACACACAGGGAAAAGUUGAAUCUUUUACAGGAAAAGGCACUCUGUUUUGGAUGCUUGCGUACAGGACACAGAAGCAAAGACUGCCAUGCAGGGCGUCUGUCAUGCAACAUCUGCAACCGAAUGCAUCCCAGUGUGCUUCACAUCAACUUUCAGGUCAAAGGUGAGACCAUAAAGUCAGCAGAGCCACCAGAGAACAUCAAAGAGGUGAAGUCCAAUGUUUGUCGGCAUAAUGGGGCCGGGAACUCUAAAUGUGCACUUUCAAUCUUACCUGUUCAAGUGAAGUCUGUGAAAGGCAACAGGAUCAUUCAAACUUAUGCUUUUCUCGAUCCGGGCAGUUCAGCAACAUUCUGCACGGAGAGGCUGGCGCAGAAAUUGAGCCUGGAAGGGAAACCAACAACUGUUUUGCUAAAGACAAUGUCACAAGAACGGCCUGUCAAGAGCACGUUGGUGUCAGGUCUAGAAGUGAGCGAACUCGAAGGCAACAACUUCCUUCCUUUACCUGAAGUCUUCACUCAAAGGUCUAUGCCGGUGACAAAGGACGACAUCCCAACACAGGCGGAUUUAAGGAAAUGGCCUUAUAUCAGUGAAGUCCAAUUACUCCAAAUAGACUCUGGCAUUGAUUUACUCAUUGGCAUGAAUGCAGCAAAUUUGAUGGAACCCUGGCAGGUGAUCAACUCACAAGAAGAUGGGCCCUAUGCUGUAAGAACCCUACUAGGAUGGGUAGUCAAUGGUCCAUUGGGAGGAUGCAGUAAAGGUGUGGACAAGGCCACAGUGACUGCUAAUAGGAUCUCCCUGGUUAACCUGCAAGAACUUCUGGUGAGUCAAUACAACACUGAUUUCAAUGAGAGAGUCUAUGAUGAAAAAAGUGAAAUGUCAGUAGAUGACAAGAAGUUCUUGAACAUUGCCAAUGCAUCUGUUAAAGUGAUAGAGGGUCACUACUGCAUUAACUUACCUUUUAAAGCUGAUAAGGUGACAAUGCCUAACAACCGUGUGAGUGCAGAGAGCUUCAUGAGAAAUCAAAGAUUGAUCUGUGGACCAGAGUUCCUCUGGUCAUCAGAAGAGGAUUGGCCAAAUGAACCAAUAGACAGGAGUCAGCUUUGUACGGAUGACCAAGAGGUCAGAAAAUCUGUAACAGUUAAUUCCAUCAUGCAGACAUGUGAGGAAAGGCCCACAGACAAGUUACUCAAUUACUUUUCAGAUUGGCUGAAGUUGAGAGUAGCUGUUGCAUGGAUAAUGAAGGUGAAGGAUGCAUUGAGGCACUUGGUGCAGAAAAGAAAGGACUCAAAGGACGACUGUAAGUAUCAAAGGGCAACCAGAAUAAACACAAGGUCUGUCAAGAUUAGCAUGAAAGAAUCAAUAACAGUUGAAGAUCUAAAAGGAGCAGAAAAUGCAAUACUUACCUAUGUGCAGAGACAAAGUUUCCCACAGGAAAUCAGCAUGCUGCAAGAGGGAGCAUCCUGUGUGAGAAAAGGCAGCAGCAUCUACAGACUGGAUCCGAUGCUGGAUGGUGGCAUUCUCAGAGUGGGUGGGCGUCUGAGGAGAUCAGCAAUGCCAGAGGAAAGGAAACACCCUGCCAUUCUGGCCAAAGACCACCACGUGUCCACUCUGAUCCUGCGCUACAUCCAUGCUCAAACUGGACAUGGAGGAAGGAACCAUAUGCUAUCCCAGAAAGAACAGAGGAAAACCUGGUGAACAAAAGAUGGCUGAUCUGCCAGGUGAAAGACUUGUCACAGACUUGCCACCAUUCACGAACGUUGGUCUUGACUACUUCGGCCCUUUUGAGGUGAGAAGGGGCA